CGGAGCAGCAGCAGCAGCAGGAGGAGCAGCAGGAGCAGGCCCGGCCCGGCCCCGCGGGCCCCCGCCUCGCCGCCAUGGUGGGCCGGGAGAAGGAGCUCAAGAUCCGCUUCGUGCCGGGGCGCUGCGAGCUUGUGGAGGAAGAUGUUGAUAUUCCCAGUACGCGAGUUUUGAUUACUGGUGCUACGGGACUUCUUGGCAGAGCUGUGUUUAAAGAAUUUAAGGAAAAUAAUUGGAAUGCAGUUGGCUGUGGAUUGAGAAGAGCUCAGCCCAGAUUUGAACAGAUUAAUCUUCUGGACUGUAUUGCAGUUCAUGAUAUUAUCCAUGAUUUUCAGCCUCAUGUUAUAGUGCAUUGUGCUGCAGAGAGAAGGCCAGAUGUUGUAGAAAGUCAACCAGAUGCUGCUUCUCAGCUCAAUGUGGCUGCUUCAGGGAACUUAGCAAAAGAGGCAGCUGGAGUUGGAGCAUUUCUGAUCUACAUUAGUACAGACUAUGUGUUUGAUGGAACAAGCCCUCCGUAUAAAGAGACUGAUGUACCAAAUCCCCUGAAUUUGUAUGGUAAAACCAAACUGGAGGGUGAAAAGGCAGUCCAGGAAAAUAAUGAAGAUGCCGCAGUACUUAGGAUUCCUGUCUUGUAUGGAGAGGUAGAAAGACUGGAAGAAAGUGCUGUGACUGUUAUGUUUGAUAAAGUGCAGUUCAGUAAUAAAUCUGCCAACAUGGACCACUGGCAACAAAGAUUUCCUACUAAUGUCAAGGAUGUAGCAACUGUUUGCAGACAACUGGCAGAAAAGAGAAUGCUGGACCCAUCAGUAAAAGGAACAUUUCACUGGUCUGGCAAUGAACAGAUGACUAAGUACGAAAUGGCAUGUGCAAUUGCAGAUGCUUUCAACCUUCCCAGCAGCCACCUGAGACCAAUUACUGAUUGUCCAGUUGUGGGUGCUCUUCGUCCGAGGAAUGCUCAGCUAGACUGUUCCAAGUUGGAGAUGCUGGGGAUAGGUCAGAGAACACCAUUUCGAGCUGGGAUCAAAGAAUCACUUUGGCCUUUCCUUGUUGAUAAAAGAUGGAGGCAGACAGUCUUCCACUAGUUUGUAAUUUUUUUUUAGUAGAAGUAUGGUAUGUGGCACUUUUAUAAAAGAAAAAAAAUAGUUUUGUAUGAGUGUUCUUAAAUUGUGACAUGAGUUGUCAUUUCAUCAGGUAAACAUAUGGUCUUGCACUUAGUGAAACUCUUCGCCUGUCAUGGUUUAAUGCUGGGCUGGCAAUUACAUGAAGGACAGAUGAUUUGUGUUAACCCUCUUCCCUCCCCUUGUGGGAAAAAGAGGGGGUAAAGGAGAGAGACUCUUAUGGGUUGGAAUCUGAACUACACGGCUUUAAUGAGACAGUAGUGAUCAAACUGAAAAGUAAUGAAAUAGAUACAAACAUACACAAAAGCACUAUCAUGCUGUCCCCACACCCCCCAGUAACAUCCAUGUCACCACUGAGGGUGCAGGGCAGGCGCAGGGCAAGUCCUGGUCUAGACUCCUGGAGUUAGGGGCAGAUGGGAGCUAGGGUGCAGGAAUGCGGGGUUUGGGAUAAAAGGCAGAUACAUGGCUGGAGUCCUUGAGGGAUGCCAGCUGUAGAUGAAGAGAGCAAGCCCCUUUGUCAUCCCUCAAAUUAAUAUUUAGUACUGGGAUGGGAUGCUUUGUUUGGUUAACUUUGACCUGUCUGGUCUGCUCCUCUCCAAAGGUGGGUCUUGGGUGUGACCCCAUACUCACUUCUGGUUCUAGAUCAUAGAACUGUAGAAUGGUUAAGGUUGGAAGGGACCUUAAAGAUCGUCAGGUUCCAACCUCCCCGCUAUGAGCUGGCGGUCACCAGUCACUUUCCGUAUGCCUUAGCAGAUUUUCCAGGAGCAUCUGUUCCCCUGAUCUUGUUGGUCACAGAGGUGAGAGUGACUGGCCUGUAGUCCCCCAGGUCUUUUUUCUCUUCUUAAAAAAAAAAUAAAUUAUGGUUGGACUUGAUGAUCUGCAAGGUUCCUUCCAAACAGGAUGAUUCUAUGAUUCUAUAGGAGAUAUGUUACUUUUUUUCAAUUAGCAGGAACCUCACCAGACCACCAUAACCUCUCAAAUAAGAUGGACAGAGAGGCUCAGCAGCUACAUCUGCCAGAUCCCUCAGGACUUGUGGAUUGACAGGUCCCAUAGAGUUGUGCAACUUUGGGUUCUUUAGAUAGUCAUGACCUGUUCUUCUACAGUGGAGAGUAUUUCAUUGUCCCAGUCCCUGCUUUUGCCUGCUGUGGCCUUCUGUGAUGAGGCUGGAGCGCUUACCAGAGAAGAUUGAUGCAAAGAAGUCUUCGAGAACCUUCUCAAUAUCCUGGGUAGCUAGGUCUCCUGUUGCCUUCAGGAGAGCACCUACAUUUUCCUUGGUUGUCCUUUUAUCCCCAACAUACCUAUAGCUUUUCUUACUGCUCUUUAUAUCCCUGGUGAGGUUUCAUUUUGUCUGGGAUUUGGCUCUCCUUACCUGAUCCCUGGCUGCUCCGACAACCUGUAAUCCUUUUAGGCUACCUGCUGUAGCUUCCACCCUCUAUAUGCUUCCUUCUUAAGUUUGAGCUUUUCUAGGAGUUGCUUGCUCAUCCACGCUGGCCUCCUGCAGUUUUUACUUGACUUUGUCUUAGUUGGCAUGCAUCAUUUUUUGGGCCUAGUGAAUGUGAUCCUUGAAUACCAGCUUAGCAUCCCUCACCAGCCUGCCCUUGUUCAUGAGAACUAUGUCCAGCAAAGCAUCUCUCCUCCUUGGUUCCUUGAUCACUUGGAAAAGGAAGUUGUCAUCAACACACUCUAGGAACCUCCUGGAUUGUUUGUGCUUUGCAAAGUUGUCCCUCCAAGAGAUACCAGGGUGGUUGAAGUUACCCCUGAGUACCAUGGCUUGUGAACAUGAAGCUGCUCCUAUCUGUCUGUAGAGUGCCUCGUCUGUGCUGUCCUCCUGGUCAGGUGGCCUGUAGCAGAUCCCCCCUGUAAUGUCACCUGUCCCUGCCUUCCCUUUAAUCUUAACCCAUAAGCUCUCAGUUGGCUUGUCGUCAGUCCUUAGGGAGAGCUCCGUGCCCUCCAGCUGGUCUUAGACAUAGAGGGCAACACCACCUCUCCAUCUCACCUGCCUGUCCUUUCUAAAGAGUCUAUAAUACUCCAUUCUGACACUCCAGUCCUAGGAGCCAUCCCACCAGGUCUCUGUGAUGCUAAUAAGAUCACAGCUCUGCAGGUCCACAAGCAUCUCUAACUCCUGUUUAUUCCCCGUGCUGUGUGUGUUUGCAUAGAGGCAUUUCAGCUGGGCCUCCAGUGAAGGUAACUAACUAGCUGGAGGGGCUGGGAUUUCCUAACAUUUUAUUCAGACCCAGGCAGUGGCCUUGGUUCUACAUGCCAUUCUCUUGCCGCAACUAUAAACAUCAAGUGUUAUCAGCCCUAGAGGCAGACACUGACUGGAAAACAUGCUGUUGAUUUCAGCAGCUGCAGCUACUUAAAAAGGACUUAACUGAAAAGUAGAAUCACAAAGAGAAAAUUAGUUCUGUGCUGGCCCAAACAAGGACUUAGUCUAAAAAAAGUUCAGUGGCAAAAACUGAGCUUAUUUGAUGUCUUGCAUUUUCCCUUCCAUUUGUAGUAGUCUAAUUUAAUGCUUGUUCCUAGCAGAUUAUGGUUCUUAGUAAUCAGUACCAUUUGAUGCUAAGAAUGACUCAGAUCACUUGUAGACUUACUUUUUGGCUGAAAUAUGUUGUUGAUGCUUAAGGUUUGUGCCAUUGUUGUAUAUACCAUUUCAUUAAAAUACAUGCUCAGUUACUUUAUUGGCAAAAAACUGAGUUUUUUUGUUAUUACCUUUUGAAGGUGGUGUUCUUAUGAAGUUAAACUGAAGUAGCAAUUGUUAAAUGUUUGUUUUGCCUGAGGUCUGAUCAAAAUGUUUUUUAAAAAAGUGAAACUUUAUUUUUGCAAUUAUCAAGUGUACUUUUUAUGCUUGAAAUAUUUUCAGAAUGUUAUGUAACUUGAAUGCCUGCAGCUUCAUAUUUGUACAGUAAGUUGUAUGCAUUUGUUUUAAUGGUGAUAUAUAAGAGCUAGAAGAGGGUGGGGAACAAAUAGUUUUGAUGUGGGUUUUCUUGGGUUGGGGGGAUUAGAGUUGGAUGAUUUUUUUUUUUGAGUUGGGGUUUUUAUUGUAUAAAAGCAUGAAAUAUCUUCAUCUUUCUCCUUUUUUUGGGGCAGCAUUUGGAAUUGGUGAAAUUAGUGAGACUAAGAUGUUUCUUAGUCAAUAAAUGGGAGAGGGAGAGGAAAGUUAUUUCAGGAGUUUGUAGCACUGCAGCUUCUUUUGCACAGACUAUCAGAUCUUGCACUGAUGCAGCUUGUUCUGGAGCAGCAAAGCAUGUAUGAUGAAGGUUUGCACCAUAAAAAUGUAACUGCAACAGUCUAAUCCAAGUACAUGUUUAAUGUGCUAAGUCUAGUUCUUGAAGUUGGACGCAGUAUCCAGGUGAAGUGGAGGAAGAACAUGGUUUGUCAAGGUUAGCCUCCUGAAGUUUUGGAAUCAGCAAUAGAAAUGUGAGUUUGCCAGAUGAUUAGUAAAACUAGGAAAAGCUGCAUUUAGAUUAUCAUUUAUUUUUAUGAGGUUGAAAUGAAAAGGGGAGGGGAAGAUGUUCAGCUUUUGCUUAAAAAUGAAAAAGGAGGGACACAAAAAAUUGACAACUGAAGAUCUUCUAAAAGUCAGCUUUACAUUCAGUCCUUUAAUUUCCAUCUGGCAUAUGCCAAGAGCUCAUAACCUGGUCUGUUUUUUAGUCUGAAAUCCUGAUAUACACAUGGUAACCUGUUUCCAAAAUGACAGCAAAUACAUAUUGUCAGCAUGAGAGAAAGUUGUUGAUCCUUUCUUUACCAUCACAAUCCAUUUUUCUGAAUCAGAAAUGCUUGCAGUUCCUCUUGAAAUGUGUACCCUUUCAGUGAUUUUAAUUCCCCCCCCCUUAAUUCAAUAAACUAUUUCUGAGUUACA